GCACCAUAAUGUUGUUCCCUUGUCAUCCCCUGCCAGUUGUGUCUUCUAACACACUUCAAACUCACUAAACAUGUGCCAAAGUACUAGCAUAGUCUUCUCUUGCAAUCACUGGGGUCCACGGAAGAUUUCUAGGCCCUGCCCAUGGGCAACCAGCGAAAAUAUCAAAACCGGCUGCUUUCUCACCUUGGAGCCAGAAGGAGUCGAGCACCUCGAUCACAUGUGUAACUCUUGCAAAUUCAAAGAAUCCCUCCGAAGUACAUCUUCAUUGACGCACGUGGGGAUGGAUGGAAUCCGACGACCGUUCACAAGAGUUGGUAUAGAAGCCGGUAGUCGACGAUCUUGAUCAAAAAAGAAAAAAGAUUGCGCAAAUUAGUGAAGAGAGGAGAAGGAAACUCUCUCAGGCUGGGAGACUCGAGGAGAGGAGACAGGGAGAUCAAGUGUUGGAUCAACUCCAUACGCAGCUCAUGGAACAGGAGAGAAAAAGACACGAAGAAAGCAAGAGGAAGCUAAAGACGCGGUAUGAAGAAUUAGACGAUGAGGAUAAGGAGGGCAGCUAACCUAGUAUGGUAAGUAGCGAGAAGCGGGGGAAAAUUCAUGCGGCUGGACCGCGCUGGAUCUUGUUUUCCCUCAUCUUCGCCUCUCCUUCUUUGGAGUUGAUUUCUGGUCCUUCUGGUCCAGGUAAGUGCUCUUGUUUGACUUAAAUGUCCUGCGAUAUCACUUCAUUUCUUUCAGCCCCAACCUUUGUUUUUUCCAUUUUUCCUAUUCAAUACAACAACAGAAGUCUAUCCCACGGUUCAAGUAUCUAGAACCCAAGGAGGUUAGUCUUCAAUGGAUUUGAAAGCUAAACACUUAAUUAAUA